AGCUGGUCAGGUCAGGUCCUUCUGCUCGCCCAGGGGGGCCUCUCCGCCCAGCACCGCCCGCUGCACAGCUCGGGUGAGGAGCAGGAGGAGGACUAGUGUAAGUGCGAAGGCGGAGGCAGAGGCGAAGGCGGAGGACGAAGGACGGAGAAGCGCCCAGGCCACGCCAUGGACGAGGACCCCCUUGCGGCGCUUGCCUACCGGCCAGCGCCGCAGGCGCCGUGCGCCGAGGCCGCCAGCGCGCCAGGGCCCCCGCCGCGGGCCACCAAGCCUGCGGGCCCCGCCUCUGACCCCGCAGUGUGCGCCGAUGCCGUCGAGGCGCACGCUUCAGGCGCUGCCGGCCCCACGCCGACUUCGGCCGCGGGCCUCGGCGCCGAGGCGCUGGCGCCAGCGCGGGUGGGGCGUGCGCUGCCCUGGCGGGACGCCGCCAGGGCCCGUGCUGCGCUAGUGGCAUCGCCGCACAGCUCUUUGGGGCGCGCGCUGCCCCGGGUCCACGCUGCGAGCGGCAGCUCUGCGGGCGGGCUGGGCGGGUUGGGGCCAGGCGCGGUGCCGGGCGCCGCGGGGGCGGCUGGGCGGGGCUGCGGCCUGGUGCCGUCGGGAGCGGGGCCGGGCCCCGCCGCGGACCAGGACUCCGACGAGGACCCACUCGCGGCGUUCGCCCACCAGCCGGCGCCGCGCGCCCCUAGCGCGCCAAGGUCCGCCGCCGGCGCGGCGCUGUGCGCCGAUGCCGUCAGCGGAGAGCCCGCGCGUGGCGCCGCUGGCCCGGCGCUGUGCGCCGAUGCCGCGGGCCUCGGUGCCGAGGCGCCAGCGCCUGCGCGGGCGGGGCGCGCGCUGCCCUGGCGGGACGCCGCUGGGGCGCGCGCCGCGCUGACGGCGGCGCACAGCUCUGCGGGGCGCGCGCCGCCUUGUGGCCACGCUGCAAGCGGCAGCUCCGCGGGUGCGCCGGGCGAGGCAGGGCAGGGCACGGGGCUGGGCGCUGCGGGGUCGCCCGGAGGGCUGGUUUCGCCGAGCGCGCCCAGCGGCGCCGCCCCCGCGGCGGCGCCGUCGCCCGCCACCCUGUCGCCUGGUGGCGGCUGCAGGCUCGCGGUGCAGAUCCUGGACGGACAGCGCCUCCGGCUGGCUGCCGCCGACGCCGCCGCCCCCGUGCCCGCUGCGGUUGCGGCGCAGCUGGACGCGUGGCCCGAGCUGAGCAGGGUGGCGCCAGGCGGCGAGUGCGUGUGGGCGUUCCAGGGCGGGGACUACGCCGCCGUCGCGUGCAGGCUCGCCGGGAAGAGGGGCGCCGACGAUGACCAGCCGCCAGGCUGGGUGCUGGACAUGUGGUCCGUGUCAGGCUCGCGGGGCGGCGGCCUUGGCGAGGAGGGGCCGCAGGCCCGCCACCUGGAGGAGGCUGGGGGCAUGAGCGGCCAGAUGUUGCCCUACCAGCGCGAGGCCGUCUCCUUCGGCAUCGCCCGCGGGGGCCGGUUUCUGUGCGGCGACGACAUGGGCCUCGGCAAGACGCUGACCGCGCUAGCGGUUGCCCUACAGUACCGCGAGGAGUGGCCCGUGCUUGUCCUGUGUCCCCCGAUGCUGCGCCACCAGUGGAAGAGCCAGAUCCUGCAGUGGCUGGGGGGCUCCGUGGGACCCAACGACGUCCAGCUCGUCCUGACUGGCAAGGACGCGCUCCGCGAAAACGCGCUCUUCGUCGUCGUGCCCUACAGCCUGGCGCACCACGCGCACCUGCAGCAGAGGGCGGCCGAGCGCGCGGUCCUCCUCUCGGGCACCCCGUCGCUGAACCACGCGGCGGAGCUCUGGACGCAGCUGCAGGCGCUGCUGGGCCGGGAGGUCGUCCCCUUCAAGGCGUUCGCCAGCCGCUACGCGCACAAGAAGAUCGUCCGGUUCGGCGGCGUCAGGGCCGAGAAGUUCACGGGCGUCCGGCGGCAGGACGAGCUGGGAGUGCUGCUCCGCCACCUCAUGAUCCGCAGGCGGAAGGAGGACGUGCUCACCGAGCUGCCGAAGAAGCGGCGCCAGCGGAUCGUCGUCCCCGCGAGCGACCAGAAGGCCCUGCGGAGCGCGAACGCUCAGCUGACCCAGGCCGAAGCCGCGGCAGGCGCAGAGGCCUCCCCGGAGUCCAUGAGGGACGUCUUCCGUCUCGUCUGCGACGCGAAGGUGAAGAGCACGCAGGACUACGUCGGAUGCCUCCUUGACGGCCUCAGCGCCAAGGUGCUGCUGUUUGGGCACCACCGCGUGAUGAUGGACGCCGUGGAGGCGACUCUGAGGGGCCGGAAGGCGCAGUUCAUCCGGAUCGACGGGGAGACCCCGCAGGCUCAGCGGCCUGCUCUCAUCGACCGCUUCCAGAGGGAUCCCGCCGUGUCGAGAGCUGGGUCUGCGCCCGAGGAGUGCCACACGACGUCGCCUACGGGUCGGCGGAUCACUGCCUGCGGGGAGGGCCUGAACCUGACGGCCGCCUCCACCGUGGUCUUUUGCGAGCUGCACUGGACGCCCGGGAUGCUGGAGCAGUGCGAGGCGCGCGCGCACCGCAUGGGCCAGUCCAGCAUGGUGGACGUGCACUACGUCAUCGUGGAGGGCUCCGUUGACGAGAAGGCCUUUGCGGCCCUCUCAAAGAAGAAGGAGGCGACGAGCGCCCUGCUCGACGGCCAGGCCAGUAGCUUCGUGCCCGACCUCACUGUCAACGCGGAGGUGCCAGAGAAAGAACCUGCGGCGCACGGGCGGCUGACAAGGGAGGUCGAGGGCGUGCGCUCGGCGCGCGCGGAGGAAAAGCGCGCGCAGCGCGAGCAGAGGGCUGAGGAGCGGCGCGCGAAGCUCGAGGCGAGGGCCGAAGAGAGGCGCGCGCUGCGCGAGGGGGCGGCCGAGGGCAGGCGGCAGCGGCAGGCGCUCGCCGCGGACCAGAGGCGGCAGCUGCGGGACGCUAGGGCCCGGGAGCGCGAGGCGAGGGCUGCCGCAAGGGCUGCCGCCCCCCGCCGCCGCCGUGGGCGCCCGCCAGCGGCUGCGGCGCCGGCGGCCGCCGCGGCCCCCGCAGGGCUUCAGGCGGCCGCUGGCGCGGGCGAGGGCACGCUCGGCACCGCCUGUGCGCAGGCGGGCGCCGCGGGCGCCGUCGCGGCGGGGCCGCCAGAGCCGCAGAGCGCCUCCGCAGUCGUGCUCCCGCUGCGGCAGGGCCGGGCCGCGGGCGGCGCCGCCGCCGCUGUCGCGCCGGAGGGCGCCGCAGGGAGCGCCGCGGGCGCGUCCCUGUUGGAGAUCUCCGCGGGCGAUGCUGCGAUGGGGCG